UCCCCCAGGGUCCUAGCAACGAUCAAAGCUAAUGCCAGGGAGCGCGGAAGAGUUCACACGAUUGGCGCGGCUUUUGACGCCCUAAGGAGGUCGGUGCCCGUCUCGAACGAGUGCAAACUCUCCAAACUGUCGAUUUUGCGCAUCGCCGCAUCGUACAUUGAGACACUAACAGCUUGUAUUGAGGCUUACCCCAAUGGCGAUGACAAACCUGAAGACCUAUCUUGUAACAAGACCAGGCCUCCUGUUGUUCCCACUGCCACCGCCGCCGGGGGAAAUGUUGCCAUGGCGUAUUUCAACCAGUGUUCAUUAAAACUCGUUACGCGGAUACGACGAGAGUUAAAGCCAAACUUCUAUUUGGAAGUGAACAACCGCAUAGUUUUCGCAAAGAUUCUUAAAUAA